AUGACCAAUAAAGGGCAGGGAAGGAGGCAAGUAUGUGCGUGUAUAUGUAACUGCUUACACAUAGCAUUCAGACAUGGGUGUUUUGUGCACAACAGUUCCAUUGAGCUUCCAGGAUGCAGAAAAUUUUUCCUAAAACAAGUGAGAGAGGAAGAAGAACAUGCUACUUUAUUAAUUGAUUAUGCUAACUCCAGAGGAGGUAUUGUUGAGCUUCAAGAUAUUAGAGCUCCAAAAGUCAUUGACUGGUGCUCCCCACUGAAUGCAUUGCAGAAUGCUCUAGAGCUUGAGAUGUCAGUUACAAAGGUGACAAAUUAUUUACAUACAAAUAAACAUAAAUUUGCUCAACUUAUAUUUCUAAAAAGUGUCCAUAUAUUUUUAUUUAAAGAUAAGACUUAUGAAACAGCAGAAGUUCCUCUCUUUUUAUAUAUGCUGAUCAGUAAAUGGUGUAGCACAGCUGCUUAUUACUCUUAA